AUGGGGGAGGCCAAAGGCAGGAUCUACAAGUCUCGCAAGGCGAGGCCCUGUGAUGCAUGUCGUCGCCGCAAGGUGACUUGCGAUAUGCCCACAGGCCCUCCAUGUAAAAGAUGCGUGCACAUGGACAAAGCCUGCACAUUUGACGAAGGACCGAGUCAGAGAAAACGUCGCGCGCCCACAAGUUUGACAAAUGGGUUCGAAUAUGGCCAUGAUAUGCCGCUGCUGGACUAUCCCGAAGUCGACACUGAGAUGAGCUUUUUGGAUCACCACGGAAAUGCAGAGUUUAUGGACGACGAGAUCUAUCGUCACCGCGAGCAGCAUUCCAGUAGUAAUAACGACGACAACUCACCUUCUGAUGCAGAUCAACAGUCGCCUCCUCAACAACAACUCCCUGCAGAGACAGUUCCAGCGCGCAGCCCGGAUAGUUCCCGACGCAACAUGCACCAAGCAUCGUUGGAAUUCAUUCCAGACGCGUUCAGCUUUUAUAUCGGGCCUACGGGGGUCUCGGACGUCCACCUACUCAGCCAGCAACAAUACGACGAACGCAAUAUAUCGAGGCCCAAAGUCCGAGGGCUCAAAUACCGAGUCAUGGACGCAUACGACGAUGGGGAAACACCACGAACAAAAACCGAUUUCGUCCCGCCCACCAUCUUCGGCAUCACGGAUCGCGCUUUGCUGGACAAGGCAGAGCCAAAAGUCGAUUACCAGACAAACGAGUCGGCAUGGUCGGAACUGUGGCGGAUUCUCGAUCCGGUGGGCGCAUGGCAUCUGAUCGGUCUAUACAGCCGCUUCGUCGACCCGUAUUUUCCCAUUGUCUCACGGCAUCAGAUCCCCGACAGCGUCGAUUCACUGAGCAAUAUGCCACUGGGUCUUUUGACGGCCAUGUGUGCGACGGCACUGCCGUUCAUCAUGUACGACGAGGCGCUAUACACGCUUCUCCUGCGUCCGCCGUCGAGUCAAGACCUCUAUCGACUGGCAUGGCUGGGCGUGACGGGCGAAUUACACGCCCCUUCUUUGCCCACCCUGCAAGCCUGUCUAAUUCUCCAGCAGCGACUCCCCACAAACCUCUACCUCUCCGACACGGCCUUUACCUGGACCCUCAUGUCCACGGCAGUCUCGAUAGCCCAGACGAUCGGCCUGCACCGCGACCCGUCCUCAUGGUUAAGCGUACCGGUCUGGGAACGACAGCUCCGGCGACGCCUGUGGUGGGCGCUGUGGGUGAUGGAGAAAUGGGUUGCGCUGGCUCGCGGUAUGCCUAGUCAUCUGCACGACGACGACUGCGACGUUGCUCCCAUCGCCAUAAGUGACAUUCAAGACACGCUGUCGGAGGAGAACGAGAACCACGCCCAUCUCUGCCACCUGGUCAGCCUGACCGGCAUCCUCUCCGACAUACAGCAUACAUACUACACUAUUCGCGCUAUCAGCCGGACUUCCUCCGAUCUGCAGUAUUCUCUCGAAGCGGCGCGGUCGUUGCGAGCUCGACUGAAGGACUGGCGAGACCAUGUCCCUGACGCAUUGCGAUUCCGGGGACGAAAUGGUGGUGGUGGUAGUGGUGGUGUACAGUCUCCAUAUAGUGAGAGCCUGGACGGCAACGGUGGCUUGCAUUUGUCGUACAUCGUAGCGCAUAUGACUCUUUUUCGUGCCUUGCUUCGACCGCUAACCAACUGGCCGGCCAUCAUGGUUCAGUCUUCGCCUGACCAGGCUAAUGCCAUAAAAGACGGGGCCAAGGCUGUUGUACGGGGUGCGCUUUUGUGCGUAAAGGAGUUUGUCGAGUUUAUCGAAGCACUCACCGAGACGCAGUGGAACGCUUUCUGGCAUAGCUGGAGUCGGCCAAACUUUGCCAUUGCUGGCUCGUUCAUGGUCCACGUUUUAUCCACAAUCGCACCGCCCGAUGCGUCACGCCGAGCAGAAAUAGAAAUAUCAGAGAGUUCUACAGAUGGGACUGAGUUUGAGGACGAUUACCGAGAUCUUCAGGUCUGGAUUCGACGGUGGAGAUGGGCUAAUCGAGUCUCUGCGAAUGGUGCAGCCGGCGUCAAGGGCCUGACGAAUUUGGGACUGAUGAAGGUUGAGACAUUGAUGGAGAAUUGCAUUCAGAAGGAGUCAUGA